CGCACACGAUGUGCCCGUCGACGACAACGAACGGCGAUUACUAUCGCCUCAACAUUCGCGGGUUCUUCCUCCGCCUCUCCUACGCCGACGCUCGGAGGCCGCUCCCCGAGACCCUAACCCUACUCUACUCGCCGAGCAUCGACGGGCGCCCGGCGCCGAAGCCGGCGCUCGCGACGCUCCGCCGGGUGCGCUCGGCGGGGCCGGGCGCGGUGUUCGCGAGCGCCGAGCGGCUCUCGACGGGGGACGGGGCGCGGUUCGAGGCCUACGCGGGGAAGGUCAAGGUGGCGGAUGGGGUCUUCCGGCGAGACGGCGGCGAGCGGUGGAGGCUGGAGUGGCGCUCCCCGGCGGCGGCGGAGGUGUGGGCUGUGGAGGAGAGCGGCGCGGCGAAGAGGGAGAGGAGGCGGAGGCGGGGUCUAGGGUUAGGGUUAGGGUUAGGGUUUCGUUCGAAGUUGGAGGAGAUACCGGAGGAGGAAUCGGACGGCUGCGAUUGCUGCGGCGGCGGGGGAGAGGAGAAGGAGGGAGGUGAUUGGGAGGUGGUGGUGGGAUCGGGAUCGGACGGUGGGGAUGAGGCGGCGGUGGUGGAGACGGUGAGGUGGGCGGUGGAUGUGGGGAUCUGGGUGGCCUGCUUGGGGAUCGGGUUGUUGGUCUCGCGAGCUCCGUUGUGGAGGUGGAAAAAGCUGAUCUUAGCCGCGAAGCCCAAGUUUUGAUUUUUCAUUUUUUUUCGUUUAAGCUGUUAAAAUAGCAAAAAAGAAAAAAAAAAGAAAAAAAAAGAGUAUAUAUAGAACUUCUCUCAACUGACACAUUUUGGAUUCCAACGUUUUAAAAUUUAAUUUUUACUAUUUAAUUUUUAAAUUUAUUAACUUUUUAACUUCAAAUUUGAUCGUGCUGUUUAUUCUUACGAGUUUAGUUAGAAUAUUUUAUAUAGUUAACAUAAUUACAAAUUCAAAAUAAUUAGAUAAAAUUUUGUAUUUAAAAAAUUAUUAAAUUAUUUAAAUUAAAUAAAUUUAAAUUUUAAAUAGUAAAUUUUAAAAUUUAAAACGUUGGAUAGUCUGACCAAAAUGAUGAAUUUUAAUGAAAGAAUUAUACCAAAAAUGCCCACUUAAAGGAGCUCAUAAUUUUCACACAAGUACUAUACGUAUGCACUAGCCGUUAUGGUACGAAUAUAUAUAUAAUAUUAAUUCGUUAUAUAUUGAUGAUGAGAUUUUAUUAAUUACGAGCCUAUUUCAAUAGAUUUAUUGAAGUGAUUGAUUUGGAGCCUCCGAAAGAUCUUUCUGAAGAGAUUGAAUUCGAGUCCUCAAGUGUUCUUUCGACUUUCUUUUCAUUUCCAGCUCAGCACUCGUUGAAUCGGAUUGGCGACUUAGUCAUUUAGGGGCGUUUGGAUUAACAAAUCUGUAAAUCCAACGUAAGUCAAGUGUAGUGGUAUUUGAGUUUUUUGGAAAUGUAAUUAUUUUUUUGUUGUUUAUUUUGA